AUGUCGAAGCCGAUCAAUACCUGCGUUCUCGGUGUCGGACUCGCAGGCUUAACCUUUCACGUCCCCUUUAUACUCGCCCUUUCUGAUAUCUUCACUUUGCACUCUGUGCUAGAGCGGAACCCAAGCACGGCAGGAGGCAAAGUAGCUGAACGUUUUGGCGUCUCCGUCAAAAUACACAGAUCCCUCGACGAUGUUCUGGCUGACCCAGAUGUUGAACUUGUCAUUAUCGGCACGCCUAAUAACACUCAUUACGAAUUUGCUAAGGCUGCUCUGAGUGCGGGGAAACACGUUCUCGUUGAUAAACCUGUUACAGCAACGGUAAGCCAGGCACGAGAACUUGGAAACCUUGCCAAAACAAAAGGCCUUGUCUUGUAUGGCUUCCAAAACAGGCGAUGGGACUCGGACUUUUUGGCUUUAAAGCAGCUUCUGUCUUUGCCCGAAUCUUCUCCUCAAUCACUGGGCACAAUCACUGAAUUUGAAUCGCAAGUUCCAUGCAGCUUUGACCGCUACCGAAAGGGCCUGAAGGGUACUUGGAAAGAUCAGCCAUUGGAAGCUGCAGGUCUUACCUAUGAUCUUGGCUCGCAUCUUAUAGACCAAGCGCUCCAGUUGUUCGGACGACCAGAUGCGCUCACUGCGUUUGCGCAAAAUUUGCGUGGAGUCGGCCAUCCAGAAGUUGAUGAUUCAUUUACCAUCCAUAUGCAUUAUAAUCCUGGACCAACCAAAAGGUACCCAGUAACGGUCAUCCUCCGUGCUCAUAUACUUUCUGUUCGCUCGCCUCAAUUGCGAUACGUAGUACGGGGGACGCAGGGAACGUACUCGAAGUUUGGCGUUGAUUUACAGGAAGACCAGCUCAAAGUCAUAUCGUCUCCAAGUGCAAUCCUCGAGGACCAAUAUGGCCGGGAACCAGAGUACCUGUGGGGGACUAUCGAGAAGAUGGAGGCCGAUGAAAUUACAGUCACGAAAUCCACGUGGCGUUCUUCGGAGGCGGGAGCAUACGCCGAACUGUUUCGCAACCUUGGAGCCGCCAUUCGGGAUGGAGCAGAGCUCGCGGUCAAAUGGGAUGAAGCAACAGGGGUGAUUGAGAUGAUUGAGCUCGCCCAAGAAAGUGCAUCGAAAGCUGUAACAGUCAAGGUCCCAAAAUAG